GCCGCUGGCAGUUGGAGCGGUUUCCUUCCUUGUUGAUGAGUCAAAACGCGGCUCGCGCUCGCUGACUGCGCUCGAGAAAAAGGGAACGGCGCGUCUCAAUCGACCUUCUCGCUGCGAAAACUCUCGGAAGGAAACUUCAGCGAUGGCGGAGGCCCACCAGGCGGUGGCGUUCCAGUUCACCAUAACGCCGGAGGGGAUUGACCUGCAGCUGUCCCAUCAGGCCCUGAACCAAAUCUUCCUGUCGGGAGUACGAUCAUGGAAGAAACGAGUCAGCCGCAUGAGGAACCGGGUGAUCAAGGGAGUGUACCCAGCCAGUCCUUCCUCCUGGCUCUUUGUCGUCAUAGCGAUCCUGGCUACCAUGUACAUGCGCUCGGAUCCCAGCAUGGGGCUCAUCAAGAUGAUACAGCAACACCUGCCACUGAGCCUCCACGUGUCUCUCAGCACCCAGGGUCAGACCAUGCUGUCGGCGCUGGUCUUCAGCACCCUGCUGUGGCUCUCCCUCAUCCUGGCGCUCCGGUUCUGCCUCAAGCUGCUCCUCUCCUACCACCAGUGGAUGUUUGAGCAGCACGGCCGGGUCUCCAACACCACCAAAGUCUGGGUGACUCUGCUGAGGUUGCUGUCUAGCAGGAAGCCUCUACUGUACAGCUACCAGACCUCACUGCCUCAUCUGCCUGUUCCACCAAUCAAAGACACCGUGAGCCGGUAUCUGACGUCAGCUCGCCCUCUGCUGACCGAUCCAGAGUUUGAGCGCAUGACGAAGCUGGCCGGCCAGUUUGAGGCCAACCUGGGAAACCGCCUGCAGCGCUACCUGAGACUUAAAGCUCUGUGGGCCACCAACUAUGUGAGCGACUGGUGGGAGGAAUAUAUCUACUUGAGGGGCCGAGGUCCAAUAAUGGUCAACAGCAACUACUACGGCAUGGAUUUUUUGUACGUGACACCGACCCCGGUACAGGCGGCUAGGGCAGGCAACACCAUCACUGCCCUGCUGCUCUACCGCCGCAAAGUCAACCGCGAGGAACUCAAGCCGAGUCGUGUUCCGGGCACAGUCAUCCCUCUGUGUGCCGCUCAGUGUGAGAGGAUGUUCAACACCACACGCACCCCGGGAGUCGAGACUGAUGUGCUGCAGCACUGGCAGGACAGUGAGUUUGUGGCGGUGUACCACAGGGGCCGUUUCUUCCGCCUGUGGGUGUACCUGGCGGGCCGGCUGUUGUCUCCCAGGGAGCUCGAGCACCAGAUCCAGAGGAUCCUGGACGACCCUUCACCCCCGCAGCCCGGAGAGGAGAAACUGGGAGCUCUCACCGCUGGGGAAAGGGUUCCUUGGUUCCAGAUGAGGGAGCGGCACUUCAGCUCCGGCAUCAACAAGCGGUCGCUGGAUUGCAUCGAGAGGGCUGCCUUUUUCGUGACGUUGGACGACGAGGAGCAAGGCAUGAGGGGGGAGGACCCGGCGGGGAACUUGGACCGCUACGCCAAGUCCCUGCUGCACGGCAAAUGUUACGAUAGGUGGUUUGAUAAAUCCUUCUCCAUUGUGAUCUACAAGAACGGGAAGAGUGGACUGAAUGCCGAGCACUCCUGGGCGGAUGCACCGACAGUGGCUCAUCUUUGGGAGUACACCCUGGCCACAGACGCCUUCCAGCUGGGCUACACCGAGGACGGGCACUGCAAAGGCGACGUGGACCGCUCGCUGCCUCCUCCGCAGAGGCUCGCCUGGGACAUCCCCUCAGAGGUUCAGGCUCAGGCAUCCAGUUCGCUGGUCGUGGCCCAGGCGCUGGCGGACGACGUGGACUGCCACGUGUUUCCUUUCAGAGACUUUGGGAAAGGCCGCAUCAAGAAGCUCCGUGUCAGCCCCGACGCGUUCAUACAGAUCGGCUUACAGCUGGCAUACUUCAGGGACCGCGGUGGCUUUUGUCUGACGUACGAGGCGUCCAUGACCCGUCUGUUCAGGGAGGGCCGGACGGAGACCGUGCGCUCCUGCUCCAACGAGAGCAGCGCCUUCGUCAGAGCGCUGGAGACCAAAGAGGCAGUGGACCAAUGCAGGCAUCUCUUCCGACUGGCCUCCGAGAGGCACCAGAACCUCUAUCGGAUGGCCAUGACCGGAGCCGGAAUCGACCGACACCUCUUCUGUCUGUACGUGGUGUCCAAAUACCUGGGAGUGGACUCGCCGUUCCUCAAAGAGGUGCUGUCAGAGCCGUGGCGUCUCUCCACCAGCCAGACACCAGUGCAGCAGAUGGAGCUGUUCGACCUGAAGAACCACCCCGACUUCAUUUCGCUGGGGGGCGGCUUCGGACCGGUUGCCGACGACGGUUACGGCGUUUCAUACAUCAUCGUGGGCGAGGAUAUGAUCAACUUCCACGUGUCGUCCAAACACUCCUGCAGCGAAACUGACUCCCACAGGUUCGGAGUUCAGAUAAGCAAAGCUCUCCAGGACAUCAUGAAUCUCCUCGCCGACCCCAAAAGCCAGACAACUUCCAAAUGUCAACAGGCCCAGCCGCAGUCAAAGAAGCAGCUCUGAGUGAAGCGGGAGAACAGGCCUCGCACACCCACACUAAAUAUAGAGGUAAUAGCCGGAUAAAUCUCAGUAAGAAUUUGUCAUACGACGGCUGCUCUUAGCUGUGCUAAACGCUUCCCGCCAAUGAGGGCGCCGACUCAGCCUUGAGAUCAAAAGUAUCAACGCCCCAACACUCCAAACCCAGUAAAGAUCUUGCAUUAAAAACAAAUUGACGGUUGACCUUAUUGUAUUGUAGUGGUUUGCAGGUAGAAGCCAGGUUCACUUGGCGACCACUCAGUGUGCAGCGGGAGGCUUCCUGCCCCCAUCUUGCUUGUUUAAACAAAGUCCGGAGGGGCGCCGCGUGCCAAAACAAACCUCAGCAACCUCAUCAGCCGCUGCUGUCUACUCGAAGAGGAAGUGCAGACUUUUUUAUUUGGGAGUGUCAGUUUUUAGGUUGUUGCCCCUUUUUGGUUCAGUUCAAGUGCCAUGAUUACGUAAAACUUUAAAAUCUGACCGCAAACGUGAGCCGGACCCCCGUCCUCCUCCAGUCCCCCCCACCACACCCCCCACGUUUGUGCGAGCUACUGCAGUGAUUAUACUGAUGCAUAAAUCCUAUAAACUAUGAGAAAGGGAACGGUACAGUUGAUGCUCACAAUGUGGACUCUUUUGACCAAAAGGACAAAGACGCACCAAGAGCUUUACCACAAACGAGAUUUAGAUUUACAGGCACAAAAAUAAUAAUCAUUUUAAUUUUGUUUGGCAUCUUCUAAUACUCCCUCAAUAAUAUUUUGUUUGUUUGUUUUUAAUGUGUGGCAUUUAAGAAACUUCUGCCCGAAGGAUUCAUUCAGUAAAACAAUUUCAAUGCAAUAUACUUUAUUUUAUUUUUUAUUUUUUU